AUGCUCACCACAAAUCAACAAACACUAAUAGAACUGUCGGUCGGCGGGAAAUUCCAUGACACUACUCUCGCCACACUGCUAUCAGAUCAAGACAGUAUGCUCGCCGCGAUGUUUAGCGGCCGUUGGGAUUUGCCAAAAACGGAGGCCGGCCGCCGUUUUAUCGAUCGUGACGGGACCCAUUUUGCAGAGAUUCUGAACCAUCUUCGCGGGACGCAUGUACUCCCAAAUGAAGCCGAUGUACUAGAAAAGCUGCUUGAAGAAGCGAAGUAUUAUCAGCUUCGUCCCCUGGUAGCUCGAAUCGAAGCUCACGACUUAUUUGUCCGCCCGGUUCACGUCAUCUACCAGCAACGCGGAGAGAGAAGUGUUCGAGGACUUCCGUUAGUCAACUUUUUCCAGCUUGCUCAUUUACGCCGUGAACGAGACUCAUUCCUCGCCCGAACCGCCCAGAAAUUGUACGACAACGGCUCGCAUCAUAGCCGUGUUUUAACGAUUAUACUAGUGGACCUAGGAAGAGCUCACGACGAUCUCUCGGCCACCGCCCUCGCUCACAAGCCAUCAUUCUACACGCCGGCCACCGACCGGACGGCUUUUGCCGAUUUUGAUGCAACCAUCACGAUUGGGGCUGAUUUGAACGUUCAAAUCUCGGCGCUCAGCAUCCUCCGUCGUGGUCGUGCUCGCGAGCUUUUGCUAAAAUCGGCCCUGGAUACCGUAUUUCACUACCUGCGCACCGGCGAAGUUCAUCUACACUUUUGCCUCAACGAAUUCAGGCGGCAUUUGGAGAAAGAUUACACGAGGCUUACCGAAGAAGCCGCUUCCGGUACAGCCAUCGAUACAGCCCGCGAACCUCGCCUAUCCUGGAUUGAUGUCAUUAAUCAAAUGAAUUCACAUUCCAUCAUUGACGACCUUGUCAUGCCGCUCGUCUGCGAUGUUGCCGGCUAUUUUGGGCUCCAGCAAUUUGUGCGCCUUUCCAAGGAAUCGGCGCUGAUGAAGAAAAAGCCCUUCCUGCGUACUAAUUCUAUU